AGAGAACACGUUUCAGAGGGUUUCCAACUAAGCCACGAGUUGUUCGAAUCUGCCAAAAGCUCAUUGGUUUUCGGACUGAUUGAAAAGGAGCAGAGUAUUUCGGACCUGGUGAAUCAAGCUGCCCUUUCGUCAUUCCGAGGUGUUCCUGUUAGCUAUACAAAAACCAUGAUAGACAGAAUAUGGAAAGUCACAGAAGAAGAAAUGAUGGCGAGUGGAAGGAAACACAUGCCGGCUUUAUUUAAUCCCGCCAAGUCAAGAGCAGCAAUUGUUUGCCACUCAGCGAAAGUGAACGAAAUCGUCCAGUCCUUCAAAAAUUUCGGUCGAAACAUGGUCACCUAUGACUCGGCAGAAGAUUCAUUCUUGAACGAAGCUUGAAUCACGUCUUCAUUGACUGGUCUUGAGCACAAAAUCCGAAUUCAACCAGCU